AUGCCCGCCGCCAGCCUGCUGCCGCUCUUCGGUAGCGCGGCGGGGCCGGGGGCGCUGGGCGGCCCCGCGGGCGGCGGCGCAGGCGGCGGGGGCAGGAAGGCGGCGGGCCCCGGCGCGUUCCGGCUGACGGAGAAGUUCGUGCUGCUGCUGGUGUUCAGCGCCUUCAUCACCCUCUGCUUCGGGGCCAUCUUCUUCCUGCCCGACUCCUCCAAGCUCCUCAGCGGCGUCUUCUUCCACUCGGCCGCCCUGCAGCCGCCGCCGCCGCCGCCCGGCGGGCAGCCCCGCGCCCCGCCGCAGCCCGGGGACGGCCCGGCGGCGGCGGCGGCGGCCGCGGGCGGGGCGGGCAGCCUGGAGCGGAUCCGCGCGGACCACGAGCGGGCUCUGCGGGAGGCCAAGGAGACGCUGCAGAAACUGCCCGAGGAGAUCCGCAGGGACAUCCGCCAGGACAAGGAGAAACUUCUGCAGGACGCCCGCGGCAGGAAGGAGGCGGGCGCCCCCGGGCUGCCCCAGCGCCUCUUCCGCCAGCCCGUCGGCGCCGUGGGGCAGGAGCCCGCCGACCCCGCCGUCCGGCAGAGGAGGGCCAAAAUCAAAGAGAUGAUGAAACAUGCCUGGGAUAAUUAUAAGCGUUACGCAUGGGGAUUAAAUGAACUAAAACCCGUAUCUAAGCAAGGACAUUCAAGCAAUUUAUUUGGUAACAUUCAAGGAGCAACAAUAGUGGAUGCCCUUGAUACACUAUACAUCAUGGAAAUGAAAGACGAAUUCAAGGAAGCCAAGGAGUGGGUUGAAAAAAACUUAGAUUUCAAUGUGAAUGCUGAAAUUUCGGUAUUUGAAGUGAACAUCCGUUUUGUCGGUGGCUUACUUUCAGCUUACUAUCUUUCAGGAGAAGAGGUUUUCCGAAAAAAGGCAGUGGAGCUUGGAGAGAAAUUGCUACCUGCUUUCAACACUCCCACUGGAAUACCUUGGGCAUUGCUUAAUAUUAAGAGUGGAAUCGGUCGAAAUUGGCCAUGGGCCUCGGGCGGCAGCAGCAUUUUAGCAGAAUUUGGGACUUUGCAUCUGGAGUUUGUACACUUGAGCCACCUGUCUGGAAACCCUGUCUUUGCUGAAAAGGUAAUGAAUAUCCGAAAAGUUCUAAAUCGACUGGAUAAACCAGAGGGCCUUUACCCCAACUAUCUGAAUCCCAGCAGUGGCCAAUGGGGCCAACAUCACGUCUCCAUUGGAGGGCUUGGGGAUAGCUUUUAUGAAUAUUUGCUCAAGGCAUGGCUGAUGUCGGACAAGACAGAUGAAGAAGGCAAGAAAAUGUAUUAUGAUGCUGUUCAGGCCAUAGAGACCCAUCUCAUUCGCAAAUCAAGCGGGGGGCUGACAUACAUUGCGGAGUGGAAGGGUGGACUGCUUGAACACAAGAUGGGACACCUCACUUGUUUUGCUGGAGGCAUGUUUGCUCUUGGAGCUGACGGAGCACCUAAUGACAAGACGGGCCAUCACAUCGAGCUUGGUGCUGAAAUUGCUAGGACUUGCCAUGAAUCCUAUGAUCGUACAAGCAUGAAACUGGGACCAGAAGCCUUCAGAUUCGAUGGUGGUGUUGAGGCCAUUGCUACAAGACAAAAUGAAAAAUACUACAUCCUACGACCAGAAGUCAUAGAGACCUACAUGUACAUGUGGCGGCUCACUCAUGACCCAAAGUACAGGCAGUGGGGAUGGGAAGCUGUAGAGGCACUGGAAAAACAUUGCAGAGUAGAUGGUGGCUAUUCUGGCAUUAGAGAUGUUUAUAACAAUCAUGAAAGCCAUGAUGAUGUGCAGCAAAGUUUCUUCCUUUCAGAGACACUCAAGUACUUGUAUUUGCUGUUUUCUGAAGAUGAUCUUCUUCCAUUCGAACACUGGGUCUUCAACACAGAGGCUCAUCCUCUCCCUGUUCUUCACAAAGACGAUGGAACUGAAGAAGAAAACCAGAAAUAGAUGAAGAUUAACUUAUACUUUGUUUCAUUCCUUAUGUUUCUUUCCAGGAAUUGGGCACAUGAUUUGGUUUUAAAUUCCUGAGUUAAAUUUUUAAAUCAAGUGUUUUGCAGUCUGUUUUCUUGAACAGUAAAUAUUUAUGAAUGGACCCCAACUGAUUAUGA